UAUAACGUGAUUGAUGAAGGUGUAUUUGGAUGUUUAUUACUUAUUUCCCCAUUCUGUGGUCACUGAUUCUUGUAUAUAAAUAUGCCAUCAGUUUAUCCUUCCUGUAUAGUGAAAGUCUUCUCUCUGUACUCAAAGAAUCGCUAGAACCUCAAACCAGAUUUCAGCCAUGAAGUACCUCAGUGUUUUAUUGUUGGCUGUUGUUGGCAUCGCCACAGUCACAGCACAUUAUGGCCAUCACGGCAUGUACAGAGGUUAUGGUUCAAUGUAUGGUAUGGGUUAUGGAUAUCCACGCUUUGGUUAUGGUUCCCUUUAUGGAGGUUACGUGGGAAUGGGUUAUGGAUACGGUGGAUACGGUGGAAUUGGCUAUGGUUCUAUGUAUGGUGGGUAUGGAUAUCCAUACGGUGGAAUCGGCUAUGGAUCAAUGUAUGGUGGUCUAGGAUAUGGAGGUUAUAGAAGAUUUGGCGGAUAUGGUAACAAGUAUGGAAAAUACCCACGUUACAUUUCCAACAAGAAGUAUGGAUAUGGAUAUUGAUUUAAACGAAAAAAAUAAUUUGGAAUAAAUAUAUCUAUAAAUUUUGUGAUUCUUCUGACGUUGACUAAAGAUUUACAUUACAACAUGAUGUAUUUUAAGUUACUUUCGGUAAAGCUGUUUCAAUAGGAUUUAACAUUUGUCGACCAACAGACUCACAGGAGCGCAACCGACAACAAAACAAAUACAUUUAACUGGCAAUAAAUUUACCAAAUAUGGGAACCGUGAAUAUAGGAUCUAGUGCUUCUUCGUAUUUAUUUCCUUGAAAAUGUUUAAACAAACUAUGACAAUUUCGUUACUGUUCUAAAAUGUGUACCGAAUUGUUUAAUGAAUGUAUUAUAAUUAUAUUGUUAAUAUGAAUGUUAUUAAAAUGCAAUAUAAAACAA